AUUCAUUUCUUAAUUGCGCGUUGCUUUAAUUUGUGGUGAGCAAAACAGGAACUGUGCGACGUCGGCAGUUGUGCAAUAAUUGUUAAUAACCGUCUGCGUGAAUCUCGUUCCAUCUGGCAAAUCACUUUUUGCAGGCUGCCGCGGCCAUAGCAGAUACUCCUCUUCUUGUAGCCGUGCCCGUGCCCGUGCCCUUCUCCAAAAUGAAUCGACAGGCAAAAUUGCUGGUCUUCUGCCUGUUUGUGGGCCUUUUUUCCUUGAACUUGUGCGAUGAUGUAACCACUACAACUGUCGUACCCAAACCGACUUCCUCAGAGGCAACUACUGUUCCAGUUCCGGCUCCGGACAACACCACUACUCCAUCGGUCCCAACAACCACCUCAACUAAGGCACCAGACACGACUACUCUUCCACCGACCACAACAACCACAACGGAGAAGACGACAACGGUGCCCACCACCCCAUCUACGACUACUCCGACUCCUCCAGACACUACAACAACCACAAGCAGCACGACCCCAGCUACUACUACCACUACUACAUCGACCACACCCACGCCGCCUUCAAACUCAACGACCACGACCCAGCCGCCCCAUACAUCGACAACUCCGGCUCCAAAGCCGCCGUGCGGCCGCUUUGAUGGAUCCUCAUUCAUUGGAGGCAUUGUGCUCACCCUGGGCCUACUUGCCAUCGGACUGGUGGCCUACAAGUUCUACAAGGCCCGCAACGAGCGUAACUACCAUACCCUUUGAGCCGCCACCGCCUUCACGUCGGCCUUCAAUGCGGCAGCCGGAGCGGCGGCGGCCAGCAGCAACGCCGCAGCCACAGAUGCGGAGCGUGUGCGGUUUGUCCAGCCAUCCAUACCGCUGCGAUCGCCGCCGGCGCAACCGCCUCCGCCGCCACCCAACUCAGGUGGUGGCAGCGGAGGCGGAGCGGCGGCAGCUCCGCAGAAUUGCUCGCCGUCUGCCCGGGACCGGCUGCUGCACACGUAAUUUAGAAGCGGGGAAUACUACUACUACACAUUACUACAAUAUUACUGCUAUCCAAAGAGCCAAGCACCCAAACCAAUCCAAUCCAACACAACAGUAGAGUCAGGUUUUAAAUUUCAUGAUAACCCCCAGAGCGGAUUCAAUGCGAGACAGAUAGGAGGAAUGAGGUGGCUCCUGAUUCUUGAUAACUUUCUUAUCGGCCGACACACACAAUAUUUGUCCACAUCCAUAUAUGCGAGAGGUACUUUUCUUUUUGCAAAAACACCAGUUUAUCAGCAACUUGAGCGGAUGUUCAGGGGAGCCCGAGAUCCAAGGGCGAGCGUAAAGUGAACAGAUAAAUGAAUAAAUAAAACGAAGUCAUGUGAAAAAGGAGGAUAAGGAGCAGGAGGAAAGAGACUUGAGGAGAGGAGAAUGAACAAAUAACAGCAAAUAUGUGAGACUGCUUGAGAUAGCGAGAACAGUGGACAUAACAUAGAAAUCCGUAGGAAUGCGGCUGGCUGGCGACGGCUUUGUUUCUGGGAUUCAAUACAUAUAGAGCUACGAAGGGAAUAUAUAAAUUUUGAUUAUAUUUACACGGAUUUUGAAAAACUCGAAAAAUCAAUUCAUUAUAUAGGAACUAAGAAUAUUUACUACCUUAACGAGCUAUACAAAAAACGAAACAAACAAAAAAAGCUUAAAAAAAAAC